CCACUACAACCUCAAAAAGUUUGUGUUGUACCCAAUGGCCUGCCCCCUGGACACAGUCAUCCCUAAGUUAGGGUUCAUUCCACAUGCCACAUGUCUUGCCUCAAAAUUCCUACAGAUGGAUCCGUUUCGGAGGAUUCCAGCCCAGAAGGCCAUGCAUGCAGAGUACUUUGCGGAUCUGCCACCUAAGAUUUAUGAACUUCCAGAUGUGGCCUCCAUUUUUAACAUUCCGGGAUUAAAGCUCCUACCCGAACUAGAUGAACUAAUCGCCCCGACCAUUUCUCCCAACCGACCCAAAGAACGGACCCGAAUACGAACCACACUCAAAGUGUAAUCUCGUUACAGAAGCGUGACUGCAGGACGGGAGAAUGUGUGACUAUAUAUAUGCUGUUAUAUGCAAGAAGGUGUACUGCAUCCUGUCGUCCCCUGAUGUCGUACAGACUCGAAUCUACAUUGCUCUCAUCGCCACAUUCCUCCGUCUAUAUUGAUGUCUGGAGGUGUCAUCGCUCUCAUCGCCACAUUCCUCCGUCUAUAUUGAUGUCUGGAGGUGUCAUCGCUCUCAUGGCCACAUUCCUCCGUCUAUAUUGAUGUCUGGAGGUGUCAUCGCUCUCAUGGCCACAUUCCUCCGUCUAUAUUGAUGUCUGGAGGUGUCAUCGCUCUCAUGGCCACAUUCCUCCGUCUAUAUUGAUGUCUGGAGGUGUCAUUGCUGCUCAUCUCCUAAACCUGUCAUCUACAUCGUGUAGUUAAUUGAUAUUUGUGAUUUCCAUCAUCGCCAAUCAUCGCCACAUCUUUGCAUGCCAGAGUCUGGAUGUUUCUUCCGGUGUUUCACGUAGACUAGACCAGAAACAUGGCAUGCUCUGCUGAGUAUGUCAUGGUAUGUCGUCGUAUGUCGUCGUAUGUGUAAAGGUGUUUCAUGAUUCUGUCUGCUAACAUGGUUUUGUACAGACAGUUUUUAUGUUGGCAUUAUUUUGUAUUGUGACCUUCAUUCUUAUUGGAAGAAUUGUAUGUAACCCGAUUCUCAUUUGUAACCUGUAUUCUCAUUGGUCCAUAGGUGGUCACCUGACUAGGAUCCCUGUCUGUAUUAUGUGUAACGUAGUCGGCACAUUCUUCAGACAUAAGUGAUUUAUCAUCAGAGCCAGCAAGAUUUUGUGAGUCAUGCUGGACAGUUAUCUUUUACAUGUUUAACUGAAAUGCAUAAAAUUAUUUUUUAUUCUGAAAUGUUUAAGUUAUUUAUAAUAACUGGUUUACAUUAUUAAAGCAAAUGUUACUUGAAAGUUUUGAAGAAUCAUUUCACAUUUAUAACAGAAAAUAUGAACCGGGUUUAGAAAUAUUUUCAAAUAAAAAAAUAUAUAACAAUUUAUUUGUCAAAAUGAUGAAUUGAAGCUAUAUGUACCUUACUGCUAUAGGCAUAUCUGUUACAAAAGAGUUCUGCACGAAACUAGGCAUCUUUGGUUUGAACUUGCCAAUUAAUAGCGACGAUUUGUUGAGACUUAUUCUGGGGAGCCGUUUCAUUCCACUUACAGAUUUUUGUCACAGUAUUGAUAUUCCUUUUCGGUUUAUUCAUGCUUUUGAAUUGAGGUAAGCCAGUGUCUAAUUUUAUCAAAAAUUUGUUUUCCAAUAUGAAUAUUUUGGGAAGGCAAGAAGUAAAGUAAAACAUCAACUCUAGGUUUAAAUCACAGUUACUGACUGAAAACAAAGGGAUACACAAUCAGGACUGUAACACGAAAUGUUUGUGGGUACUUUCCUUCGUGGUAUGAAGCCAUUUAGAUCGUUUCGUGGUACAAACUUUCGUGGAUAUCCUAUAUUAACAAACAGUAGACACGUAUAUCAUUCAAAUUCGUUGUAUUUAUUUUCGUGGUUCAAUAGCAGCCACAAAACCAAAAAGGUUUAUUCACAACGAACAUGUCAUGUUAUAUAGUAUGUGAUACUGUAGUCAGUUAGUUCUAAACUUCUAGGUAAAUAAUUGGAAAUCUUUUCAGGGGAGAUAAUCCAGCACAAAUCCCAGUUACAUGAACAUCUAUCCUUUAUAAAUGUUAUGUGCCAGCCUAUAGAAUUGGUGACUGUAUUUUGUCAUUGAGGUGGUUAAUUGUUAUAUGAGUUAUACUUCCUACAGAGACCUUAAUCACCAAAGAGAUUGCUAUGUGAUUUAAAAUAAAAAUGUUUGUAUUUUUAAAGAUAUAUUUUAGCUUAAGAAGUGAUAUUUUAGCUGAAGAAGUGAAAUCAAAUGAAAGAAGAAUCAAAUUAAACAUUAAUUAAUUUUGUUUGUAGUUUAUUAAUUGCAUUUUCCCCAUUUCUCAUUUGUUUAUACUGUAACUAAUGUAGUACUGAUGAGUCCUUGUAUAAAUCAGUUUUUGGUAAUUUUACAAUUUUUUAUCUGAAAGUAAGUAAAGUGAAAAAGCAGAAUAUUUGUACAAUUUUCAAGUCAAUAUUUUUGCCUUUUAAUGAGGUUAAGUCACUUCGUUCACAGUAAACAUGUCGGACAAUGUAUUCAUGGUAGUGGUCCACACAAGAUUUAAUAAUUGUUUCCAGUCAUCAAAGUCACUGUCCAUGUUAUCUGUAACCAUGGCAACUGUUCCUGUAUACCUUAACAAAGUUGACUGUCCAUGUUAUCUGUAACCGUGGUAACUGUUCCCGUAUACCUUAACAAAGACGACUGUCAGUGUUUACUGUUACAGUGGUAACUGUUCCCGUAUACCUUAGCAAAGUUGACUGUCCAUGUUAUCUGUAACCAUGGCAACUGUUCCCGUGUACCUUAACAAAGACGACUGUCAGUGUUUACUGUUACCGUGGUAACUGUUCCCGUAUACCUUAACAAAGACCACUGUCAGUGUUUACUGUUACCGUGGUAACUGUUCCGGUAUACCUUAACAAAGACGACUGUCAGUGUUUACUGUAACCACAGUAAUUUAUUUCCAUGUACAAUUAAUAAGAGAAAUGUCCCUUUUAUUUCGUCGAAGGUGACUGUCCUGUAUACGGUAACCAUGGCACCAAUAUAUUUAGUCAUGACAAGAAUUCCUAGUCCGAGUUUACACUGUCUUUGUAUGUAGUGGUUCAUUAGCUGCUGAUGACAUUUUUGCAUCCUUUUUAUUUUUCUUGCUUACUAGAGAUUUUAUUAUUAGUGCUCUGCUGUGAUUUAUUUACUUAAAGUGGCAAUAUUUGUUUCUUACCGUCAGUAUUGUGUACAGGUUAUACAUGUGAUAAAAUAUGUCCUAGUUGUAUCAACCAUUAUAAACCAAAAUCAAAACCAGCCACAGUACACCAAGGUGAUCUGACAGUCAUCUUUUUAUGUGUCUGAAUCGCUCAAAAAGUGAUUUGUUUUUAUGAAUGAAUGAUGAUCUGUUGUACCAAUGGAGGAUUUUUAGGUCACCUGAGACAAAGUCUCAAGUGACCUAUUGCGAUCGCCUUUUGUCCGUCGUCGUCCGUCGUG